UCAGAAGAUCCUGCCUUUGAUGAAGUCACAGAUCCCGAUAUGCUUCUGCUUAUUGAAGAUUCCCCGCAUUGUUUCCUUGCGCUAGCCGGUUUAUCCUUCCACUUUCCAAGAAAUUGAGAUUCGGACAAACUCAACCGUCGAAAAUCAAAAUGGAGUCGUCAUCCGUGAGGCCCCCACCUCCAUCGCCCUCUGCCAGAAAUGGAGGCGGUCAGGUGGAUAAGGUGAAGAAGCACUGCAUCAUUCUUGCUGCUGGCAUAGCAAGUCCACCCAUCGCACCCUACACACAACAGAUGCCAAAAUGCUUCCUGCCUAUUGCUGGGGAGCCCAUCAUUAACCACAUUCUCCGCAUGUUCGUGAACCAAGGCAUCAAGCACUUCACUAUCGUUAUCGGCGCGCACGCCAACUACUUCAGCCCGGAGGUGCGCCAGGAACUCAUGCAUUUGGUGGGAAGCACCGCUUCAAAAUCGGCAGCAGAUGCUUCAGUGUCGGAAGUGGAUACGGAGCAAGACGAGACGCCGUCCAGUCGCGGGGGGAGCGAGAUGCAGAAGAGAAAUUCAGCAGGUCUGAGGUCCGCCUCUUUGCUGGAGAAAAAUUCAUGUUCGCUGUUGUUCGUCGAGAACAAUCUUUUCUGGAACAACGGGCCCGCGGAUUCGCUUCGUCUUGGAUACGAAUCUUUGAUGCGGAAGGAAAAGGAGAAGCCUACUCCUGCCGCCGGCCAUUUGGUCUACGUGUGCUAUGGGGACACCGUUUUCACGGACGUGGCGUUGCAGAAGCUGGUUGCUUUCCCGGCGCCGAAUGCUUUGUUGAUCGACAGGUCCAUAACGAUUGGCGGCGGGGCAGUGGAGUCUCCAGGGCUGCCGGGAAACAAUGGUUCUUCUCCACUCUCCGUGCAGCAACCGAGCUUCAGCUCGUCGCGAGCACAGAUGCAUCUGCGCGGCGCGAAGUCGCGAGAAACCGGGCUGCAGGAAUUGGAAUUGUGCUCGGUGACGCCCUUUCCGAAACACAACAGCUGGAAUCUGGUGGAUCAGAUUGGGAAGAACUUGAUUCAGCGUGGUAUGACGGCCUUCGGUGAAUUCACCGGAUUGUUUCGGGCUACAAACGAAACCAUGGAUCAGGCAUUCGGUGUGGGCGACAACUCUGAGGCACCCGCGGCCGCGGCUUCCUGUUUUUACGUUCCAGAUGUGCUUCGGAAAUGCAUUCUCGAGUACCAAACUGAAUUUUUCGCCGUGCCGAUUUUCGGAAACAGGCGGGAAAUCCACUCCAGCCAGGAUUUGCUGCAAGCAAACUCGGAGCUCUGUUAUCUGUCGGACCAGGUCGGCCGUAAGGAGUACAUCAAGGCCAUCGGUUCGCGCUUGCUUGCGGAGGCCAACGACCUGAAGCGCCCGGUGGAGAUCAUUGCGCAGGAGUUGAACUUUCCCGACACACUGCUGGACGACUUGCUGAACGGAAACGUCGAACUGGAGACCGCCCAGGAGAUUUUGCGGAAGGUGAACACAAACUACCCCGUCUCGCUGAAUGCGCUGUGGGUUGAGCCGGACGACUGCUUCAACGGUAUCCGGAUCUGCCGCGCCAAAGAGUCGGAGGUGAGUAAGCGGAUUCUGCACCGCAUAAACGGUAGAACUAACAAAAAAACGCCGUACUACGAGUACCGGGAUUGCGCCAUGAGCCGCUUGGGUCCCUUUCGCCCGGAGUGGAUCAAGGAGCUGCGUAUCGUGUCGGAUUCGGACCCGGAAAAUCCGGAAGUCGCGUUCAACAACGGGCACCUGCUGUUCCAGUCCACGUUCUUCAUCGGUCCGGUGAACUUCUACUACUCCGAGCCGGACGGCACGAAACGGUGCGUGGAAAUGAACACCGGCGACAGUAACUGGAUCGCGCCUUUCGUACCACACAGCUUCACCAGUCGGGAUGGCUCGAAAUUUGCCUGCAUCAUCGCGUGUACGUAUGGCAGCGGGAUCGUCGGUUGUCUGCAGUCCAUCGGAGGGCUGCACCACAGCGACGAGCAGGGAGAAACACAAACGACGUCGUCGACUUUCGGCGGAACUAAUGAACUUCUGAACAAAACACACCUCAACACGUACAGUGGAGACCUGCGCGACCCGUUGUCGCACUUUCAGGCGAAUUUGCUGCGCUACGCCCAGAACGAUGGGUUUCCGAAUCUGAAAGAAUUUGCGGACCGGUUGAUGAUGCAGAGCGACGAAAAAGGAGAAGGUACAGAACCGGAGCUUUCACAAACCGGCGCCAAUAAAGAAUCCGGGGCGCCGGCAAACUUCACCUCAGCCAUCGCGGAGCAAACGCGCAGACUGUGCGCAGAGGUGCUCGGCGUUAAGCGGUCUGAGUUGGCAUCAAAGUUCGACCCUGAAUCCAGAACUACGACGGCAGCUACAGCAGGGACACGCCUUCCGACUAUCGAGGAGUGCCGACUUCUCGCGAAGGAAUUGCACUGCCUACCAGAGGACCUGUACGUAGAAAGAGGCCUGGAAGAGCCAGUCGUGGUGUCGUUUCGCGGAAAGGGCGCGCUUCGAACUUGGAGCCGGACCCUGAAGCUUGAACGUCUAGCGAGCAGCGAGCACCACAGCAUGAUCAAAAGUUUCGAUGUCGAGAUUUGUGACGGAGACAGCGUUUUGGCAGCGGAAUCCUCUUGCGAGGAGGACUGGAUUCAAAUUGCGGUUCACAAUUUUGGGUACAACUACAGCGAGAAAGCGUUUUUGUUGGAAACUUUCAGGGAGAAAACAGUGAUCAAUCCCGGUGACUCGUUCUACGUGCAGCCACACAUACGACACCGUUUCCAGUUGCUGCACGCACAAACCCCAAGGACCACUGUUGAAACGAUGUUGAACGGAGACCAAUCUACUGGGAACGGUGCUUCUCCUCCUGCCAGCGCUCGCAUGUACCUGGUGCGAAUCCCCGGGGCGUUGACCCGGGAGCUGAUGCGGGAAGUAGCGCUCUGCGAUCAACGCGGGAAGGCUCGGAUUGGAAAUGAAAGUCGACGGUGGUACAACUGAGGUUUACUAGAGUGGGAGCUUUCUUAGAAGUUAGUUCGAAUUCGCUUUGUUGACGCGUCGUUUCUUCAUUCGACGACUCAUAAAGCAAAAACACACAGAACAUCGAGUACAGGACGUUAAACGUUUACAGAAUAUGAAUAGAUGACUGGUGGACGCCGUUCCUUCUCCGUAAAGCGAACUGAAAGUCCGUCAUCAUCUUGCAUUGUUUAUUUGCAAUUGCAUGAUGAAGUUUGCCGUACUAGAAAAGUGCAGCGACACAAACGCUCUCAAACAUAAAGGCGCAGUCAGCACAUUCAGCGAGUGAU